AUGAGCUUAAUAAAUGUGCAUUUGGUUUUUUUCCCCCCUGUUCUGUCUGUGUGUUCUCAUCUGUGGGGGCAAAAUGGGGUGGGGGGCCACACCAAACCCCCCAGCCCCUGCGGGCGACCCUCCCUCUCCCUCCCCAUCCCUCCACGACCACCUCCUCCGGCGGGCCCCACCCAGGCAGACCUGCGGGCGGGCGGAGGGGGUCCGCCUUCGCCCCGCCCCGGCCCGCCGCCCCGGGUGUCCCCCCCCUGCUCCCACCGGCCAGGAAAGGAAACCCGAGAGGAAAUGACUGCGCCGGGCCGGCCCGCCCGCGCGCCCCUGGCCACACCCUCGGCCAGGCCGCGGCGCUGCACGAGGCUCGGACGCCCCGCGCCCCUCGCCCGCCGCCCCUGCCCGCCGCGCCCGCCCGGCGCCGCCCCUGCUCAGAUGUCUCCCUCCGGCCGGCUGUGUCUGCUGACCCUCGUGGGCCUGAUCAUCCCCGCUGAAGGACAGACACUGAAGGACGCAACCAUUUCUGCUGGAGGCUCAGCCCCUGUGAGCAUUCACGCCCAAACUCAAGUUCAAGACACCGACGCCCCAGAACUGCAGUCUAGACCUCCAACCCCCGCCCCGCAGCCUGGUGAAACCACCCAGAAGCAGAGUCCAGCUGGAGACGAUGUCCCUCGAGCAACACCUGCAGGCUCAGACCAGAGACACAUGGAAGGCCCCACACCCUCCCCGACACGAGCCCCAUUCAGGACCAUGCUGAAGGCCCUUGAUGACAGGCCAACCGGCCCUCCGACUCCCAGGGAGAAGACUCCCUUCUACUACGAUGAGUAUACUCUCCGGAAGCGGGGCUUGUUGAUCGCAGCUGUGCUCUUCAUCACGGGCAUCGUCAUUCUCACCAGUGGCAAGUGCAGGCGUCUGCCCCAGUUGUGCCGGAAGAACCGCAGGUGAGUCCAUCCACCGGCAGUGAGGACCGACCAGCCAAUGGACACUCCCAGAGCAACUGGGCCCUGCCAGUUCACCGUGCCCAGCUCCCCCUGCCUGCCUGAGACCCCCGUGGUCAGUGAAGCCCCGCCCGCGUGGGAAGACGUGGAUGGAUCCUGAGGCAGGGCCAGAGACCCAAGGAACCCCAUCGGCCAAGUCUGCUCUGCACCCUGGGCCAGGCCCCCUCCCCCAAGUUACUCUGUAGAGACAAAAAAUAAAGCUCUGUGGACUCUGA